AUGGUAGCGAUUGAGUACGAGCGAUGUGUUCGCUUCGAGGAUGGCCUUAGGGAUAUUUUGAGGGUUCUGAUAGCUCCACAGAGGGAGCGAGAUUUUGCUGCUUUGGUUGAUAAGGCGAAGAUCACCGAGGAAGUGAAGCACACUGAGCGCCAGAAUUGUGACAGAGAGAGAGGUAGGAAUAAGAGUGAUUUGGAGCCCUCGAGUUCUGUUCUGAGGCCUAAGAAAAAGGCCAGAGUUGAUAGGCCGAUGAGAGUUGGGGCUCCCAUUGUUGGUACCGAACAGCUAUUGUGUACUAGCUGUAGUAGGCGUCAUCAUCGCAAGUGUUGGAAAAGAACUAGGGAAUGUUUGAGGUGUGAUUCUCUAGAGAACCAUAUUAUAGAGUGCCCACGAAGGUCCGAUCAGAUGCAAGCUAUGGAUAUAGGAUCCACUCACUCCUAUAUAGCUUGUACCGUAUCUGAAAACUUGGGUAUAUUGGUUGAGAGCAAUACGAGUGAGGUCACUAUACUGAGUUCGUUGGAGCAGUCAAUAAGGGUUAACAAACUGUUUAGAGAUGUUCCUCUAGAGGUUCAAGGAGUUAUCUUUUUGGCUGGUCCGAUGGAACUGCCUUUUGAGGAAUUUGAUCUGAUACUGGGAAUGGACUGGUUGGUUAAACACCGAGUAAGCUUAGAUUGUGUCUCAAAAAGGGUUGUACUGAGAACUGCGGAAGACAGCAUGGUAGUCGUAAUUAGAGAGCGACAGAACUACUUAUUGAAUGUGAUUUCUGUAUUGAGGGCCGAAAAGUUGGUUCAUAAGGGAUGUGAGGCGUAUCUGGCUUACAUCAGUGUUCCAGAUUCUAGGGCCACUUCGGUUAAGCAUAUCAGGAUAGUUAAGGAGUUUCCAAAUGUUUUUCCUGAAUAG